UCCACCCCCCUCAUCCAUUUUCAUAUAUAGCCAUUACCUUCUCUUCCCUUUCCCCCCAUCCACUCUCCUACUCAUCCCUCUCCCUCUCCCUUCACUCGUACUUGUACCCCAACAUGGCACCCGCCAAGACUCUCACUUCCCUUUCUGACGAGAACGCCUUCGAGUCUCGCUUCCUCCGCGACGAAGACGAGCGCCCAAAGGUCGCCUACAACCAAUUCAGCAGUGAUAUCCCCAUCAUCUCUCUCGCCGGCAUCGACGAGGUUGACGGUCGCAGGGCCCAGAUCUGCAAGCAGAUUGUUGAGGCCUGCGAGGAUUGGGGCAUCUUCCAGGUCGUUGAUCAUGGCGUCGAACCUAGCCUCAUCUCCGACAUGACCCGUCUCGCCAAGGAGUUCUUCGCUCUUCCCCCCGAAGAGAAGCUCCGCUUCGACAUGUCCGGCGGCAAGAAGGGCGGUUUCAUCGUCUCCAGCCAUCUCCAAGGGGAGACGGUGCAGGAUUGGAGAGAGAUCGUGACUUACUUCUCAUACCCGAUCAGGAACAGAGACUACUCCAGGUGGCCGGACAAGCCGGAAUCCUGGAGAGAGGUCACAAAGCAGUACAGCGACAGGCUGAUGGGAUUGGCAUGUAAGCUGUUGGAGGUUUUGUCGGAGGCAAUGGGCCUGGAGAAGGAAGCCCUCACGAAGGCGUGCGUGGACAUGGACCAGAAGGUGGUGGUGAAUUACUACCCCAAAUGCCCGCAGCCGGACCUCACCCUCGGACUCAAGCGUCACACCGACCCGGGCACCAUCACCCUCCUCCUCCAGGACCAGGUCGGCGGACUCCAGGCCACCAGGGAUAACGGCAAGACGUGGAUCACGGUCCAACCGGUGGAAGGCGCUUUCGUCGUGAACCUUGGAGAUCACGGUCAUUUUCUGAGCAACGGGAGGUUCAAGAACGCGGAUCACCAGGCGGUGGUCAACUCGGAGCACAGCCGUCUGUCGAUAGCGACGUUCCAGAACCCAGCGCCGGAAGCGACAGUGUACCCGCUGAAGAUUAGGGAGGGGGAGAAGUCGGUGAUGGAGGAGCCGAUCACGUUCGCGGACAUGUACAGGAGGAAGAUGAGCAAGGACCUGGAGCUGGCGAGGUUGAAGAAGAUGGCCAGAGAGGAGAAGGAACUGCAGGAGAUGGAGAAGGCCAAAUUGGAAGGGAAGCCCAUUGACCAGAUACUUGCCUGAGCGUUAAAUAAUUUCGAUAUAUUUCAUUUAGUACGUGUGGGUUAUGCUAUGUAAAACAGCGCCGUGUAUUUGCCGUCGAUCGGUGUUUUGGUGGAUUGCUUUUGGAUCAGCUUUUCCCCGUAAACCCCAUUACUUGGUCUUAGACAUGAACAAAUAAGUUGUGCCCCCCUCAUCAUCCAUCAUCUCUUGCCAUCCCGGCCCCUAUACUUUCAUAUUAGUUCUUUCCGCACAUUCUUUAGUCCAACGUAAGUGUUUGAAAUACUUAUUAAUUCCAAACACACGGCGAUCUUAUCAUAUCGUGCAAGAAUCAGUAUAAUUUUAUUAGUACGGUAUUAAGGGAAAGGCGAAGAGGGGCGGAUUAAUU